CGUCAAAUUUGUUUCAACAAUGUUUUGCUAAUAAUGAAUCGUGUUAUAUUUUACCUGUUAUUUUGAAUUGUUCCACUUGGUGAUUUGUAGAAUAAUUCAACAUUCGCGUCAUAUGAUGUCGUUAAAUGUUAGUUGAUUGUUAAAAAUUGUUUCAUUCAAGUUUAAAUGUUGUUAUUGACCUGAUUCGUGAAUUUUUACACUCACUUUGCAAGAAUUCUCUAGUAGUUUAAAGUUUCGCUAAUUGGAAGACUUGUGAUGUAUUUGCUGCAAAUUUCUUUAAUAAUAUAUUUCGAAAGAAGUUGAUUUUCGACAUUAUGGAGAACAGUUCAUGAGGAACAAAAAACAAACAUGAAUGAUACUCAGUCAACAGAAGUUAUAGUAAAUGAUAAUGAAAAGGAUAGCGUACCAAACGAAACAAAAAAAUCAAAAAAUGGUUUAAAACAUAUCCUGAAUCUUCCGAAAGCACAAAGAACCUAUUUAACAUCAUCGUUAGUAUUUGCUGCAUUUACAUCAUUUUUUGCUUGGGCCACGUAUUACUAUAUUCAAGAAACUGAUAGCGGAUGGGAACCCUUAAGGGCUACAACAUGUAAUGGUUAUGGGUUUCUAUUAAUAUUAUAUUGCUUUUUUAUUUUUGGAUAUAUUAAUGUAUAUAUUUUAAAACCAAUAGUAUAUCCAGCUUAUAAGAGUUUUCACGAGCCCACAGUUUCUAAAAUAAAGCAAUCAAUAAAAGAGAGGCCUAAGCUAGUAAAUGUAACCAGGAAUGCCGACAAGAUAUUUUACAUAGUUUUUCUAGUUGUAAUUGUCAUAUAUUUAGUUGUAGAUACAAGUGAUAACAGACAUAGACUUGUACCACUUUCAGGUCUGAUUGUAUUUUUGUUAAUUGGAUAUAUUGUAUCCAAUAAUAAAUCUGAGAUAAAUUGGAGGACAGUAAUCUGGGGUACAAUACUGCAGUUUAUUUUUGGUUUACUGACUAUCAGAUGGGAAGUUGGACGAAAUAUUUUAGACUGCGUUGGUGAUAAGGUCAACAUACUUCUUGGAUAUGCCUUCAAAGCCGCCGAAUUCCCUUAUGGAUCGAACCUAGUUGCAACUCAGCAAGUGUUUGCAUUCAAGAGUUUGUCAACGGUUUUCUUCAUUAGUUUUCUUGUAAAUAUUUUAUACUAUUAUGGAAUAAUGCAAAAAGUUGUUGGAAGUAUUGGAGCAUUCUUGCAAUGGAUAAUGGGCACAUCUAUAUGUGAAAGUGUAAACAGUGCUGCCAAUAUAUUUUUAGGAAUGACUGAAGCACCUCUUCUUUUAUCUCCGUAUUUAAAAAAUCUUACUGAUUCAGAAAUUCACUCCAUUAUGACAUCCGGAUUUGCAACAGUGGCAGGAUCAGUCAUGGCUGGUUAUAUUUCUUACGGAGCAAGAGCACAAGAUUUAAUAACUGCUAGUAUAAUGUCUGCCCCUGCAGCGCUGUGUUUUAGUAAAUUAAUGUACCCGGAAACUGAAGAAGUCGUAAUGCAUAAAGAAAAUAUCGAAGAAGUUGAAAUGUAGGUACAUAAGUAUACAGAUAUAGAAUUUUCAACACAUAAAGUAUAUCUUAGAAUGAACUGAAAAAAGUUUAAUAGGAACAU